AUGGCAAUGGCGUCAGCAGUUCAAUCCGCGGAACAAACAAAUGCGUCAAACGUUGGAUACUCCUUGAAAGAUAGAAUACGCAAGAGAGCAAAACCCCGACGGAGGCCACAUCCUACUAUCGUACUCAUAAAUCAACUCAUAAACGAGCAUAAAGUAGAGAAGGACAGAUCCCGUCCGCUGCGUACAUAUGAAGAGAUAUAUGAGGCCAUUGAGAAGCGCAUUCAGACUCAUGACCUCUCUGACGCCGUCACAGUGUCACGAAAACACGUACAGGGAGCGGAUAGUCAGGAAGACGAUAGCCAGGCCAAAAGCCAGGUCGCUGAGGAGGAAUCCUCAGAGGAGGAAGAUGAAGAGGACCCACCGGUCCAGAUUGGUGCAAUGCGUGUCCUCCUCAAGCUGUCUACCAUAGCCUACUUUGCUCGUCUCAUUGUCCACCUGGGCGGCAUCGAGGCCCUCCUGGAAAAUUUGCAUCAACCAAAUGAACAAAUAAAACGAUCUGCCGCCAAAAUCCUCACCAAGCUUUGCAUCCUCAAAAAGGCUCGCAAAAAACUCUGUGCCAAGGAUGGAGUCCCACUUUUUGUCUGCAUGCUUGAUGAGUACACACAAAGGCUCCAAGAAAUCCACAACGCAGGCGUCCGGGAAAUGCGUUUCCUAACUGCAACAAACAGGCGCAAUUCUGUUACACUGGGCGCAUCCCUCAAGACCCUUGAACGCAGAACCGAACGCAAACGCAAACCGAUUGACAACCUGCUGAUAACAAUAUGCAGUGCCCUGGGGGCCUGCUCUAGGAGUCCCGAGGGUCGUCGGGCUAUGCGCGAGACUGGCAUGGUUUCCGUCCUCGGCAGGCUAAUCGCUCUAGCUCUUCCAGAGGUUUUGGAAUAUAUCAUGGGGAUCCUGGAGGUGUGUUGUCAAGAGAAGUACUUCAGAAUCUCCGUCUGGACCGAAGGUAUGGUGCCAAAGUUGGUUGAUUGUCUCAAGGCCUCCACACUCAGUGUGAAAAUACGCUGCUCUUUGACGCUCGCUAGGUGUUGCAGUGAGGCCUGUGUGCGUGAGGGUUUGCGGAAACUGAAGAGCCUAGAGAUGAUGAACAGGUAUCUGGCCUGGGAAUUGACCAACUCUGAAGGCGCAUUGGAGAGCCUGCGAAGGGUUGCCAAUGUUGGAGGUAGAAGACAAGAGGAUGAAAACUUUAUUAAUGCCCUUCUAAGGCGUUAUUCUGUUCUUCCGGCGGCAAGGCCUGCCAAGCAGGAGGAGAAACCACAGCAGCCGCACGGUAUCAAACUGAACCUGUUGGCCAGUCAGGCAGCGUCAGGGAAGGAGGAACGUAAAAAACGUGCCAAGGACGCUCUGGGCUCUACUGAACACGAGACCUUCCUGUCGGAGCACAUUCCGAACACGGGUCGUGUGCUGAAGCCGCUCACUUCUUCCAUGGACACUAUUGUGAGCUUCAUCCGCAGCCUGAAGACUGACGCAGAGAUACAGCGUGCUGCCCUAGAGACGAUUGCUCAGAUGGCUCGUGAUCGGAACACUCUGGCCAUUAUGACCGACCUGGGUGUGACCCAGGCGAUCUCUCGGUUACUCACUGUGGCAACUGACGAGGACAUGUGUGUCAGCAUCUGUAAUGCAUUGGCCGCAUGCUCCUACUACGGCAAGAAUGCCUUUUACUUUGGUGAUACCAACUGUAUUCCCGUGCUUGCAGCCUUCAUGAAGUCUCGUAACGAAGCCCUGCGAAGUGCCGCUGUGAAAGCGAUCCACGGUCUUAGUUUCGAUCCGGAAAAUGCAGCGCAGAUCUGGGGUGCGAAUAUUUGUAAACUGCUAACUUCCCUGGCGGCUGGAAAUGAAGAGAGCACACAGAAGGCAGCCACGGGCACCCUUACCAACAUACGACAGCUCGAGUUUAUUGCAACAUAUCAGGUUAAGUGA